AAGAGAAAGUGGGUGGAGACAGACAAGAAUUAUAUAGUGCAAGACGCAAACAUGACACUCUCGUUCAAAAGGAACUCUGGAGCAGAAUCUUUGCAAAGCUGGAACACUGAACUCCAAAGAUUUGUGAUCACAUCUCCCUAGGUCAUAAACUCCCUUUUCCUGGCUUUUCCAUUCAUCAUGGAGCUUUUAAGAAGAGCAUUGAAAGAGUUUGAUCCAAGGUUACUCAAACGUUCAAAACUGGUGGAAGUUGAAGGAAUCUCUUUACUUGAUAGUACUGCUGCAAACCUGGAGUUCUUAAGGAAUUUUAAAGCCCAGCCUGAUGACCUUCUCAUUUGCACUUAUCCCAAAACAGGGACUACCUGGAUGCAAGAAAUAGUGGACAUGAUACAGCAUGGAGGAGACAAACAGAAAUGUGCAAGGGCUCCCAUAUAUGAACGGAUUCCCUUCAUAGACUUGUUUCCUAUAAAACCCAUAUCUUCAGGUUUGGAAAUGGCAGAGGCAAUGCCUUCCCCACGCACCCUGAAAUCUCACCUCCCAGUCCAGCUUCUCCCACCUUCCUUCUGGGAUUGCAAGGUUAUUUAUGUAGCUAGGAAUGUUAAGGACACCAUUGUUUCUUAUUUCCAUUUCCACCGCAUGAACCAGGCAUUGCCGGAGCCAGGGAACUGGGAUCAGUUUGUAGAGAACUUCCUUACAGGAAAAAUUGCCUGGGGCUCAUGGUUUGAGCAUGUCCGAGGCUGGUGGGAGGUGAAGAACAGCCACCCAGUCCUGUAUGUCUUUUAUGAAGACAUAAAAGAAGGUACAGGGAUGAGAUUCUACACAGUGGAAGGAGAGCUAAGAAGGGCCAACCAGCUAGCUCAUGGGUCUACAACAGACAUGUCAAACACAAGACUCGGGGACCGGAUGCAGCCCGCGAAGUGGUUUCAUGUGGCCCACGAAGCCAUCCUGGAAACAGUGAGGGAAUGGCCUCUGCUGCGCUGGCCCCACCCCUUGGGUGCAUGUUGAGGAGGCAUCACCCUUUGUGAGGAAUGAAGAAAUGCGCCUGGAAAUGGCCAGUAAAUGGCCCUCGCCUACUUCACAUAUCCGGCUUGAUGUAAGGCAGGAGGACCUGGGUCAUGGAGUGAAACAUGAAACUUAAAUGUGUGUAUUACAGUCAUAAGACAAGACAUGAGUUAUAAAGUGGAACAUGAGUUUUAAAUACAUGUAUUAGUUAGAAGAAGAACAAAAGGAAGUGAAAGAUGUCAAAACCACAGGUUCAUUUGUUGGUUGCACAGAAGUGCUAAAGUUUGAAGCUCUGCUACAGCUAACCAUAUAUGUUACUAUGUCUCAUCUGUAGCUAACCACAAGUACAUUACAGGAAAUUUAGACAGAAGUUUAAGCAAGAUAUGUUAGUUACGGAAAGGGGGGCUGUAUGCUGUAAGGGGGCUGUGAUUCAAAGCAACCAAUCCAUGCUACCUGUUACAUUUCCAUAUUUUGCUGUUUCUGAUGAGAAUAUAUAAAUUUGUGUUUUGUUAUGAGAAGCUGUUCAGUUGAAGUUUCACAAAUAUAGUGCUAUGAACCUUUUGCACAAAAUAAAGCAACUUCUUUUGAUUCCACGGUCUGAGUUCUGUGAUUUUCUGCAAUAGAUGGGCUCUGGGGGAGGGGUUUCAGCAGGCAGUGGGACGCUCUCCUCACAGCGCCAAGAGCUGAGCCGGGUAGUGCGAAUCUGGUGAGAAGUGCAAUGCUGCUUAGCCCCCAGCCUGCCAAGUUUCAGCAGGCACCAAGCUGCAAAGCUGGUGAGCUUCGCAUCGCUUGGCUCAGUCUCUUGGUGGUGUGAGGAAAGUGUCCUGCUGCCUGCCGAAACCAGGCAGGCUGUGGGCUGGAUGGCAUUGCUCAGAUAACAUUGACUCUCACGCUACUCAUGGCAUCCCCUCCACCAGAGCCCACCAAGCCAGAUAUGUGAAGUAGGUGAGGGCCAUGUGCUGGCCACUUCCAGGC